AAUGGCGAUGGCGUCCUCACCAGGCAAGAAAUAAAGAAAGCUUUUGAAAGGCUCCAGGCCUUUUGGCCUGCUUAUAGAGCAUGGAAGGGAAUCGCAGUAGCAGACUGUAACGGCGAUGGACAGGUGAGUAUGGAAGAGCUUGAUGGCCUCAUAGGUUAUGUUUAUGAGCUUGGGUACACCGGACAUGAUAUGGUCAGAAAAAUGUAGUGUAUGCUUUAAGUUGUGUGCAUGGGUAUGAAUGGUCAUGAGUAGUACUAAAAUAACAUAUAUGGUUGGGCAUAAUAUAAACGUAUGUUCUGAUGUAAAGAGGCUACCUACAUCUCGAUGUUGGCUCAUUUGGCAUCGUUGAGCCUUGUAUUGUGUUACCGUUAAUUAUAUAUACAUAUUAGACCUUAACUACAGAUCAGAAUUGCAGCGUCAAAGACAUGGGAUCCUGGUCGAAGGAUUGCUGGCAAUGGAAAUUCUCCUGGAAACGCCCAUUUCGUUCAUGGGAGGAGAACGUUGAAAAAGAGUUGGUUAAGAUGCUGAAAUUAAGAGCUCCAUCACAAAACAAGGAAGAUCGAUGGCAAUGGCACCUGGAAACUUCAGGGACUUACACAACAAAAUCAGCUUACUCAUGGAUCUUUAAGGGAGAACCAAAGCCAGCAACUGACUUCAUAAGGGUGUGGAAAGCCCCCAUUCCACCUAAAUUCGCAGUAAUAUGGACACUAUGGCUGGGCAGGAACGAAAAGAUUUUCCAGAUGAAGGAGACAAAGCUCGAUAGAUUCUUUGAGCUAGUUCAGAUUCGAUCUUUCUUCUGGGUAACGAACAUUCAAGGUAUGGAAGGGUUCUCUUUAUUUGAAUGGUGCGAGAAUCCAACCAAAUGUCUUAAGAAUAACCCUGUCCGAAAAGAUAGUGUUUGAACUGGUCUUUUUGUUUUAACUAGUCUUCUUGGAAAGUUGGUUUUAUUUUCUUUGUUGGGUGUUCUACCCUCGUUGCUUUAGUGUUGCUGGUUUUUUAAGCAACAAGUUGGUUUUUGUAUACACGGGUUUGAGUACCCCUUUUACUCAUCAAAUAAAUAUAUUAAUAUUCU